AUGCUGGUGGCUGUUCACCUGUCACUUUCUGGGGAAACGUUCGGCAGAUUGAGUCAGCCGUCCUCCCCCGUAACGGAAAAUAUUCUACCUAACGAUUGGACGUCUGCUGAUCCUGAGUCUCCCACCGCCCCCGUCCCGCCGCCACUGUCUCCAAAUAUAGAGGCAUCGUUAGCCGAUGACGCCCCCCAAGCUGGUCAAAUCUUUUGUCAGAAAUUGAUCAACCAAUGCUACCUUAUCCCGGCUAACCAAUGGGAAGGGUCUAGUUGGACACAGAUUAAGCACUUGCCUCUCAUCCAUGUUGUUCGAAAGACACCAGAUGAUGAGUUCUUCGUGGUAGCGCUUGCUGACUCUUGCAUCCAACAUAUUCGCAGAUAUGGAGUCGGACUCAAGCUUGUGCCUGAGGCCGAUGUUGAGUAUCACGGGGAUGAAUUCAGCACCGUAUAUUUUAUGGCCUAUGGCAUACGUGAAGCGAGGCAGAAGUAUCGACGGCAAUUCAUCCGGAAUGCGGGGAGGGGCAUUAACUCACGGCGCGGCAGGGGCUUGGGUCGGCUGUACCAGCGAACCACGCUAGACGAGGGGAUGCAAACAGCCAUCCACUGGGCAAUAUUAACUACUGAUAUACUUGAAUUGGAUGCGGAAACCCGCGAUCGGUUCUUGCUAUCGGUUCUGUUCCUUUGCCUGCACGUUGAGGGUAACCUAAGCAAUCCUUCAGCGAUUGCCUCGAUCAAGAGGAAGCCGGAGAUAUGGCACAAGUUCUUCCAACAAUUGUACACGAUCAAGACGGCAAAGCCGGCCGAGGACCCGAGGGCAGAGAUACACCAAGUGUCACUGCUCCGGGGGUUGUGUGAGUUCGCUGGUGGUGCAACGGAUGACUUACAGCAUGCGUUCAACACGAAGCUGUCAACCAACGACAACAUGGCAAUUCUUGGCGAUCUCUUUCAGCUUGACUUUGCCAACCCCCUGAUGGUUGGUUCAUUUUGGAGUGGGGAGGUAAUGGAUCUUCUCUUGCGGCAACAGCACUUAAAAGUUACAGGGCGGAUGCUGGAUUGGCUUAAAGGGAUGCACAUGUAUGUGCCACUUGGGUAUUCGCCGAGGCUAUAUAAGGCUUUGCCAGCGGCCUUCGCCCACGCCCUCGAGUACCAAACGGUGAAAGGCGUCGAAGCUUUGAUGUCAGAACUCUACGAUCGACUCCUUGAGACUAUUACGCAGGGUGCAGAGUCAAAAAUCCGCGAGGCGCAUUGCUACGAAUGGCGUCCUCACUCGGGCGUGUCGGGCACUGCCAUCCAGCUGCUGAACGGGAUCUUGGUAAUAUGA